UUAGUCUGUCUUUGUCCAGGUCCACAACAGACGUUUUGUUAGUUCAACAUGAAAGUUAUGUGAAAGUUGCGCCAUAGUGUAAAAUUGUUAUUAAACACUCAAGAAACUGCGAAGGACUUCAUGCCUGAAAAUAGCUGCGAUUUUGUCACGGAUAAGGUUACCUUUGUCUCUUGUCGAGACAAGUUUCGUUUCAAGAUGUGCAAAAAAAGUAAUUGUAUGAUACCUAUGGCAGCUGUAAUAUCAAGAACAUUUGUACUGAAGUGGCCAACAAAGCAUCCAAGGUUUUGGGAAAUGGCUUUAUAUAGAUGCACGAGAAGUGACACCACAGUGCAUUCUGGAGUUUGCUGUAAUGUUACUCUGUAUUAAAAUUCAGAAGAGGAUGCGUAAAAUUUCAGUCAAAAAAAGCACUGGUAGUGCUUUGACGAGAUGAUGAUUAGUCAUUAAUAUUGUACUUCGUCGAAAGUAGUGUAGUGUGGUUGUAUUUGCUGGAUGAGCAAGAAUGUAACCUGGAAGUUACAAAAAUGGAUCCUUUUUUCAGUACACAGGAUACAAUGUCUUUAUCUCUCCAAGAGAUGCUUGACUGUGACUACAAAUCAGAUUUGGAAAGUGUUCUGGGGACAGACCUCAGCCUCUCGUUAAGUGGAGAAUUUCCUCCGGUAGACUUAGAAGGAGCAUUGGGUACUUCAGAUGAUAUGGCAAUGUGGCUUACUAAUGGCUGCUUGUAUAGUGAAAAUAGUAACUCGUCCAGUUCAAAUUUGAACCUGGAUUUACUGGGUUGUGAUACUACUGCAGUGAAGUUAAAUCCAAGUACUGUGUUGCCAGUGACAUUUGUGACUGUUCCUCAGGCACCACCUAAGACUGUUAGUGUUAUUGUUAGUAAACCCUUGAUGCCUUGUGAAGAAAAGCUGUCAGACAACUUAAACAGUUCAGUGCCAAGUUCUUCAGGAAAUACUGUUAUGUCCCAAACGGUUUCAGCUUCCACAACCAGAAUAGAAACUCCAGUAAACCAGUUGUCAACAGCAUUGAAUGCUUCAACAGUGUGUCACAGUGUCAACAAAGUCAUCACUAAGACCGAUGCUUUUCAGUCAGUAAUGACAACAAAAAGUGUCCCAAACAUUAUCAGCAGUACAAAGUUUACACAGAAGGAUCAUGUUCCUGCUCAUCAGAGUAAUGCGGAUUUAAUUGCAAGGUCCUUGCAACCACAGCCUAAUAGUAGGAAACGUGACACCAAAAACUUUGAUAUGGAGUUUGAUGAGAGACCUUAUCCAAAGCCUGCAUACUCUUACUCGUGUCUUAUUGCCAUGGCUUUAAAAAACAGCAGGACUGGGAGUUUACCUGUAUCCGAAAUCUAUAAUUUCAUGUGUGAACAUUUUCCGUACUUCAAAACGGCACCAAAUGGAUGGAAGAACUCUGUACGGCACAACUUAAGCCUGAAUAAAUGUUUUGAGAAAAUUGAUAAACCAUCAGGAAAUGGAAGUCAACAACGUAAAGGUUGUCUUUGGGCAAUGAAUCCAGCUAAAAUUGCCAAAAUGGAUGAAGAAGUUCAAAAAUGGUCCAAGAAGGAUCCAAUGGCCAUUAAAAAUGCAAUGAUUUGUCCAGAAAACCUUGAACUUCUUGAGAGAGGCGAAAUGAAGCAAGAAUUCACCAAUUUUUCAACUACUGGCAUGUUGGGUGGUAGUGAAGAAAGUGAUGAUGAAGUUGAAAGUAAUGGGCCUAACACUCCGGUGUCACCCAGUGUGUUACCAGAGCUCGAUAUUAACAGUAUGGUUGUGCCUGGUGAUUCAUUCGAUGAAUCAAGUCUAGACUUUGAUAUUGAGGUAGCCGAAGGAAUGUAUGAAGAAUUUGAACGCGAUGACAAAUUAAAUAUUGGAAUUACAAUAGCACCUGAUAAUAUCGAGAUUGCACCUUCACCAAAACGAAGUCGUAGCACUGUCCAAGGUAACUACAUUUACCGGCAGCUAUCUGAUAGUGGCUCCUCGAGGCAGAAGGAACCACAAUUCCUGAGGACUGCUUCAGCUGCAUUAGUCAAACUUGAAAACCCAUGAAGAGAACAGUUUCAUAGUGUCGUACUGUAAUGUUUCCCAUGCCAGUGUUACUAUCUUGCAGGUCUGACACAAAUUGUGAAGUUUUGAUACUUGUACAGCACUGAAUACAUAUUUAUAACAACAGUAGCACAUACAA